AAGUUGAAGGUCUGUUUUAAAACUGCGAUUUUCGAGAACGAUUACAAACAUAUAUGAUAUGACUUUCUUGUACAUACCAACAUAAAGCCUAAAUGUGUUACAAAUUGUUAAUUGAGUUCAAAGUGAGUCUUGGUGUAUUUUAUAAUCGCAUUUUGUGCUAUAUUAUUAUAUAAAUACUAUAAGUUGACUAUAUACUAUUUUAACAUUCAAUUCAUGACAUUUUAGUUCUAUGGAUAUUUUUUUCUUCCCCGUGAUGAUGUCACAAAAUGGCGACCACCAUGCGCCUGUGCAAUAGCCUUUCUCUACGCACUUUGUAGCUAUAUCGAUUUGAUGGAAAUUUCCACUCGUAAUAGUUUGUCAAUUAUAAGUCAUAUAUUAAUUAGUUUUUGAAAAAUGUUCGUUUAGGCGAAUACUGCCACACAUAAUUACAGAGUUGUUCGAGCAAAGACCGAACAGUCAAGAGCAUUGUGCUUGUUUUGGAUUUGUUUUUCUCUGGAGUUCCCUCCCCCCGUGUGCUGUUUUGGAGUUGAUUAACUUUUGCAGUGAUUCUAUUUCGUUGAUAUGGAGUUUCACGGUGGUGGGUCUGGUGGGGUCGUGGUCAGUGGCAGUAACGUUCCUGCAUUUCUUACGAAACUUUGGACUCUUGUUGAGGAUCCGGAAACCGAUCCUCUGAUCUGCUGGAGCCCAAAUGGAAACAGCUUCCAUGUGUUCGAUCAGGGCCAAUUCUCCAAGGAGGUGCUUCCGAAGUAUUUUAAACACAAUAACAUGACCAGCUUUGUACGUCAGCUCAAUAUGUACGGCUUCCGCAAAGUAGUCCACAUUGAGCAGGGCGGCCUGGUGAAGCCUGAGAAGGACGACAUGGAAUUCCAGCAUCCGUACUUUAUCCGCGGACAGGAGCAUCUACUUGAAAAUAUAAAACGGAAAGUUACCAAUGUGUCCAAUGUUAAACAUGAAGACCUCAAGAUGAGCUCAGACGAUGUCUCGAAAAUCCUAACCGACGUGCAGCACAUAAAGAGCAAGCAGGAGACUAUAGACUCCAAAAUCAUCACCAUGAAGCAUGAGAAUGCAACUCUGUGGAGAGAGGUGGCCUGCCUCCGACAGAAACACGCCCAGCAACAGAAAGUCGUCAACAAGCUCAUCCAGUUCCUGUUGACCCUGGUGCAGUCCAACAGAGUCCUGGGGCUGAAGAGAAAGAUUCCCCUGAUGCUGAACGACAGCAGCUCCGCCCACUCCAUGCCCAAGUUCAGCAGGCAGUACUCUCUGGAACACCUUCAGGCUUCGCUGCAGGCCUCUUCCGCGAUCUCUCCCUCGGGCGCACCAUUCACCAGUACAGGUCUCUUCACGGCGGAGUCUUCACUUAACGGCCCCAUCAUCUCAGAUGUCACUGACCUGGCUCAGGCCAGCCCUGUGGAGGUCACCAAUGAGUGGAUAGAGGAAAGCACGAGCCCAUUGGUCCACAUAAAGGAGGAGCCAUUCAGUCACGUGUUGGAGGAGGUGUGUCCGGCCGAGGCUGUGAUCGGGGGGGCAGGGGUACAGGUAGACACGCCCCUGUCCCCCAUCACCUUCAUCAACUCCAUCCUGCAGGAGAGCAACGAGCCUAACGCCUCCCCCGCCCCCACGACCCCUACGGAGCAGAAGUGUCUCAGCCUCGCCUGUCUAGACAAUUCUACACAGACGUCAGAGGUGUCUCGCCUCUUCCCCAGACCCUCCUCGUCUCUACACCUCAGACCUAUCCCAGGGAGUGAGCUGAGUGACCAUUUGGACAGCAUCGACAACGGCCUGGAAAACCUCCAGACUAUCCUGAACGCGCAGUCCAUCAAUUUCGAGUCCUCACCCGUCUUUGAAUUCUUCAGUUCUUCCCUGCCUGGCUCUGAAUUCGACCUGGAGAGCCUUGACAGUAUCCAGGACUUGCUUUCAUCAGAUCCACCUAAAGGGGCUGAGAGGAGUGAUGACUACACCGCAGGGAAGCAGCUGGUCCAGUACACCUCCCAGCCAAUGCUACUGACUGACCCAUUGACCAGUGAGAACGGCGGGGCGGACCUCCCCACUCUGCUGGAGUUGGAGGGGGACUCGUAUUUCACCCAGGACCAGGACCCUGAAGAGGACCCUACCAUCUCGCUCCUCACCCCCGACUACCACACAGCAGCACCAGACGAGCCCAAACUAUCCUAAAGCAAUUUUUUUAUAAAGGGAUGAACUACAGGGUUUUAUUUUUUAUUUUGUUAUGUUCAUGUGCAGAUGAUGAAAAAUCUACCUGGUUGAAAUUGAAUGAUGAUAUUUGUACUAUUCUCUGAGCUAUUGACCUUCAUUCAUUUCAAGGCUUAAACUUCCUAGUGAAAGAAUUUUGCUUUAGAUGAAUCAAACCAAAAGUUCGACUUAAGUUACUGGCAUGGUUUGUUCAGCUCUUGGAAAUUACUUCCUGGGUUGAAUUAUCAGUGAUCUUAUUGGCGGACAUAAAUAAAACUUCCUAAAAGCUCAAUCAUAAUCAUUACUAGGUCAAGUUUUAAGCAUUGUUCACCAAGCUCCUUUAACUAUUAAAAGUGGAAGUAUGCAGAAUAAUUGUUGUGAUACCAAGGAGAUAGAUCCAGUACAUUACUGUUUCUGGGGGACAAAAACUCUGUUUUAAUCUGUUUUUCUCUUAUUAAUUUUUUUUGGGGGGGGAUUUUCUUUUACCUAUUGAUAUAAAGAUAGUACCUUCAUCAUAAUGAAGUGUUUAAAUCUUUGUACUGCACCAAUAUCUUGUUUAAUUCACGUUAGAUGUGGAAUGUGUUUUCUUUGACAUGUUUUCAUUGCAUAGUUCAUAAUGGAAUGCUGUUGGUAUUUCAGCACCUUAUAGUUAUUGAAGUUUUAAACCUAGAAUCCUUCAGUUGCUAAUCUAAGCAUUCUUGAAGAAAUUUCUUAGAAAUGCCUCAUGAGCUUAGUUCAACUGUCGUUCCCCAUCAGAACCCAAAAUAUUGUGAUACUCCACUGAACA